CGAGCGUCCGUAGCCAUUUUGGCUCAAGCCAUGGUGGAUCAAGCCCUUGUUCCAAGAUUUGUCGCUUGAGUUAGUUCCUCAUGUAAGCGACGGACGAGAGACUGGCGGCGCUCGAGAGACAUCGCAAUCCAUUCUUAAAGGUCGACGGUCGAGAGUGAUGGUGGAUGCAAGCGCGUCGGAAAUUACUGGGACGGAGCCCACAGACACUGGCAAUAUUAGGCGCCAUAGAUGCUAUGGAUCAAGUAUCAUCGUGUGCGCGAUGCAUGCAGCAGUUCUUGUGGCAUGUGUGAUGGCGGGGAUCGUUGUGGGUGCGCAGUCUUCACUGUUCACCUCUGCUGUUCACGUCGGGCCCACCAAGAAUCAAGUGCCAGAAACGGCUUUGCAGCAUUACCAGUCGGUCAGUUCUGCUCCAGUGGAACAGUUGACGCAGCAGGUCUUGGAGCUGAAAGCCAAGCUGUCUGAACAGGAGCGGCAGAGGGAGAGGGCACGCGCUGAGGAGGCGGAGCAGCUGAGGAAGGAGGUCCUGGAACUCCAAGGCCAGCUGUCCUCGGAGCAGUCGAAGCGGCUGGUCCCCCCCGAGCCUCAGCGUGGCAGCGGAAUCGAGAGGGCUGCGGACAGAUUUUUGCAGGCACCUCUGCCCCCAAAGUCGAGAGGUUCUCUGUCGAGCGACCGCUCGUGUUCAUCCACCAGAGGAAGGCGGGCGGCUCUUCCCUGCGAGACAUCAUGGUUGGUGUCUGCGAGAAGAAGGGGCUCACAUAUCACAUCAAAUGCUUCCCGAACAUGGGCGAGACAAGAUGCGACUCCUAUAGCUACGGUGGUUCCAUAGUGGCCGUCUAUGGCGGGCAUGUGGACUGGCUGCAGAUGUCCCGCAUGUUUGCGCGGCGGGGCCGCUGGGACACUUCUGACAAGUCUUGGCACCAGGGUGUUGCGCGGUUUUCCUGUUUUGCGAACUUCCGGGACCCGUUGUCGCGCAUAGAGUCGUGCUAUUAUUACCGGUUUCACAAUAAGGGCAAGGGUGCCCCUUCUUGCCUGGCCGAUUUCGCGCCCGAGGAUAUGAGAAGAUUCUUUCAGGCGAGUCGUUCUGAGUACGGGUAUAGCUGUAUGAACGAGCCAUUCCGCAUGUUGAGCAGCUUCGUUGACGAGGCGUUGUUUAGCACAAGUGACGACAGCCAGGAGUGGGAGCUCGCCUUCAGUAGCACAUUGAACAACCUUGCCCGCUGCGUCCCGCUGAUAGUGGAAAAUAGCAAGACGCUCGAUGUUGUUGCCUCAUGGUUUCCACAAUUCGGAGAUGUAGUGAAAUUCCCCAAGGUUCAGUCCAAUACGGGCGGCAGCCGAAAGUGUGCCCUCUCCGAGCAGCACUUGGACGUCUUGCGGGAUCUGACGAGGCAGGAGCGCAGACUGUACGACCUGGUUCUGAAGAGGGCCCAGCAGUUCAUUUCGUCCAGCGCACGCUAGUCACCAGCGCUUCCAUCACCACCUUCCUCCUGCUACUUCAGCGAGGAGAAGGAUGUGCAGUAGCAGGUUGAGCAGGAUUUGCCUCCAUCCUUUCUCUUACCUCUCUCUGGAGAGCGAGAGAUGCCUCCAUCCUUUCUCUUACCUCGUUCUGGUGGAGAUCGAGAGGGGGGGAGGAGGAGGACGAGGGGAUCGAGCUGGCUCCCGUCCGCAGACAUGGGCGAUCCCUGGCCGGCUGCUUGGCCGCAGACAUGGGCGAUCCAGUUCUGUGGCGCUGGCGCAAAAUCGUUGAUUUUCUUGUCGAUUGUACCAUGGAGUGCGGUAGGAGUUGGCCCGAAGAUAUGCCACCCACCGUAUCGCAGUAUUGUCCAGACUGGAUGGUGCAAGUUUCAUGAGGCAGUGGCACACGACGCGUCUCUUGCUCAGCAGCAUGGGUCAACGAGGCUGUCGCCAUUAGGGGCAAUGCCGACACAGGUUCCUGGCCAGUUUCCGGGGAGUAUGUUUCGAGGCGCUGGUGUUUUAUGUCAUUGCAGAGGCCGUCGCAUUAGACGAUCCCAUCUCAGAUCUCACUCAAUACAUGUGUGGCAGUGCUCAGUCAGCUCAGCCAAACGUGCUGGCUGAUUCAGUUGCGCCUUAACUUUUUUCAGCUCUGAAGUUAUGGGUCUGUAUCGUGCCUGGCAUAAGGCGUCGGAUAGAGGAAGGAUUACAUGGAUGCGGAUGAACAGUGCUGUCUUUUGAUUGCGUCUGCGCUGGAUCCUCAUACCCCUUACCAGGGUCCCGUGUUUCACCCCAGAUGUAAUUUGUGUAUCUAUUUCUGGUUCACUGCUGUCCUGCCCCUGAGCAGGCGCCCCUCCCCCCCCUCUUUUCCCUCUCCCCUCUUCUUUUCGCCCCCUUCCCCCCCCCCCCGAAGCGCGCUUCUGACCAGACUUUGGACGUGAUUCUCGCCGUUGCGUUUUUUUUUCUCCUGGAAACCCGAAGAGGUUGGAGCAGCUCUUGCAUUUGUUCUGUGACUCUUGUACGACGGCGUCGCCGUCGUCGUCCCUCCGCUGCCUCUUCUCCACUCCCUUCGCCUGCGCGCGUCCGGCAGCUGUCUCCGCGGCGGUCGCCGUCGUCUUACCGAACGCGUUCUAUAUACUAUUGCCUACUCGCAAACGUCAGAAAAAAAAGACGGCCC